CUCCUGUAACCUAGCAAGCUGCUAGCAUACAUAUAAGAAAGCUUGAGAGCGGCAGAGCUCGCUCGCUCGAUAUCUCACCUCACCGUUCCAGUCCCUCGCUCGCUCAAUUUUUUUACCCCGACCCCACACCCCACCACACCGCACCGCACACCGCAAAAAUGACGAUCCCCGAGCACCCGCUGCCAAACGCCGCGGACAUCAAGAUGAUAGUCUCGGACGUCGACGGCACGCUCCUGGACUCGCACCACGCCCUCCCGACGACCUCACCGACGUACCAAGUCCUCCGUCGUAUCCGCGCCGAGUUCCCGGACCUGCCGAUAAUCAUCAGCACAGGCAAGCAGCACCGGUCUACAUCGGAGCUGCGCUCGCAGCUGCAGCUCGAGGGGGUGUUCCCUUCCUGCCACCUGAAUGGCAACGUGCUGUACGAUGCUUCGGGUACCGUUAUUGCCGAGAGCGGGUUGGACGUUGAGGUUGUGUUGAGGGUGAUCAAAGAGAUGCGCGAGCUGGGGACGAGUACGUUUGUUUAUGAUCAUGCGACGGUUUACCAGCUGGGAUAUGCGCGCGGGGAGUGGGGGGUGGGAGGGGAGGAGGGGGAUGGGGAGGAGGGCUGUCAAUGGGCAAGGAUUCUGAGGGGGUAUGGUGAGGAUGUGGUCUGUGUGCCCCCCCACGAGGUCGACGCCGCGCUGGACAGGAUCAGGAACGGAGAGUUGAGGGUCGUCAAGAUGGCGGUAUGUCAGGAGCCGGAGACGAUUGACAUCCCGAAAACGCACCUCCUGUCGACCUUCCCCCCCACCGCCUUCGCGCCCACCCAAGCACUGCCGUUCUGCUGCGAGCUGAUCCCGGCAGCGCACAACAAGGGGACAGCACUGAUGCAGUGCCUGAAGUACAUGAACGGGCGGGGCUACGACAUUGCGCGCGAGAACGUGAUCACGUUUGGCGAUGGCGAGAACGACGUCAGCAUGUUCCGCGUCGCUGGUAUGAGUGUGGCUAUGGGGAACGCCAUGGAAGCGGCCAGGAAGGAGGCGAGGUAUCAGACUACUAGUAAUGAUGAUGGCGGCGUGGGGAGGUUUUUGGAGAGGGUUUUUUGGGGGUAGGGGGGCGAUACUGGGUAGAUGGGUAGAUGAUAGAACAUAGAUCUGGUCAGUCGUAGAUACCUAGACUACAGUACUAGAUAGAGUAGACUCGCAUAGACGCGGAUUGGGAAUGAUGGAGUAUUUGGGUAGACGGUUUCAACGCGUACGGCUUCAUACCGCACAUGUGCUAUUGUGUCGUGUCGAAU